AUGCCACCGCGACCAGGACAACAACAAGGACGACCGGGCGAGUCCUCCCAGACCCAGACCGUCACUUCGUCACCCGCCACGGGCCCAGCCCAGCCGCCCGGCGCGACGCCCGCGAUCCUGCGCCUCCGCGGUGCGCACCACCCAUCCGCAAACCACGUCCAGUGGGCCGAGAACGUGGUGGACAACGAAGGGCUCGGCCGCAAGAGCUCAAAGGUGUGCUGCAUAUACCACGCGCCGCGCGCGGUCGGCGAGUCGAGCGAUGAGUCGGACUCAUCUUCGUCUUCUUCCUCCUCGGACGACUCGGACUCGGAUGCUGGCGGCGGGAGGCAGCCCGACGACCCGAGGGACCGCGCGGCGGCGCUGAGGAGGGCGGCGAAGGAGCGAGAGCGGCAAAAGAGACGAGAUGAGGCGUGUCAGCACGACCAUGGCCACGACCACGAUCACGAUCACGAUCACACACACGGAGCAGCGAGCUCAUCAGACUCUGAGGACGGCGGAGACGAUCGGAGUCGCAGGAACGGAAAGCAGAGCAGCAGCAGCGCAAAGAAGAAGAAUAAGGCGGCACGCAGGCCGAGCCCGAACGCAUAUGAGAAGCAACCCAAAGCAAAGCCGAGACCCGUGGACAAGUAA